AUGAGGUACCACACCACAGCAGCCACUAUAAUUACGCUCAUUUGCACAAUUAAUUUGAACCAUGCGUUCACACUGGGACAAAGAAAACUGCAGAAGAAAAAUAUUGCGCCGUGUUAUCCGGAAACAUAUCCCGAAACAUUUCACUGUACUUCUUCAGGAUCAUUUCCAAAUCUGGGAGAUGUAGGCUGCACAUCAUACAUAUCGUGCCAGCUACAACCCAAAGGAGGUUAUCUACAGAAUAAGCACGAAUGCCACAAUGGUUUAAAAUUCGAUCCCAAUCUGGAAGAAUGCACAACGGCAUAUAUCUGUCCCGAAUGCACAAGUUCCUAUACAACAACAACCGAUGCCACUAAUUCACAAGUUACAAAUCCGACACCAAACACUCCAACCGGACCGAUUGACGGUGACAUCUACGCGCCGUGCCAACCGGAAUCAUACCCCGAAAUAUUUCACUGCACUUCUUCAGGACAUUUUCCAAACUUGGGAGAUGUAAGCUGCACACAAUACAUAUUGUGCACGCCGCAACCCAAGGGAGGUUACCAACAGUCAACACAUACAUGCACCAAUGGCAAAACUUUUGAUCCCUACGUAGCAAAAUGCUCAUCGACAUAUGUCUGCCCAGGAUGCACUACAACACCCACAGCCUCCACAACCACACAAGUUACAACUCGAGAUACAACCGAUUCUACUACUCCAAAAGUAACAACCACCAAACCACCUACCACAACAGAUGAUGCCAUUACCGAAUCUACUACUCCAAAAGUAACAACUCAGGGUCCAACCAAUCCACCUACCACAACGGAUGAUGCUAUUACCAAAUCUACUACUCCAAAAGUAACAACUCAGGGUCCAACCAAUCCACCUACCACAACGGAUAAUGCCAUUACCGGAUCUACAACUCCAAAAGUAACAACUCAGGGUCCAACCAAUCCACCUACCACAACGGAUAAUGCCAUUACCGAAUCUACUACUCCAAAAGUAACAACUCAGGGUCCAACCAUUCCACCUACCACAACGGAUAAUGCCAUUACCGGAUCUACUACUCCAAAAGUAACAACUCAGGGUCCAACCAAUCCACCUACCACAACGGAUAAUGCCAUUACCGGAUCUACUACUCCAAAAGUAACAACUCAGGGUCCAACCAAUCCACCUACCACAACGGAUAAUGCCAUUACCGGAUCUACUACUCCAAAGGUAACAACUCAUGGUCCAACCAAUCCACCUACCACAACGGAUAAUGCCAUUACCGGAUCUACUACUCCAAAAGUAACAACUCAGGGUCCAACCAAUCCACCUACCACAACGGAUAAUGCCAUUACCGGAUCUACUACUCCAAAAGUAACAACUCAGGGUCCAACCAAACCACCUACCACAACGGAUAAUGCCAUUACCGAAUCUACUACUCCAAAAGUAACAACUCAGGGUCCAACCAAACCACCUACCACAACGGAUAAUGCCAUUACCGAAUCUACUACUCCAAAGGUAACAACUCAGGGUCCAACCAAACCACCUACCACAACGGAUAAUGCCAUUACCGAAUCUACUACUCCAAAGGUAACAACUCAGGGUCCAACCAAUCCACCUACCACAACGGAUAAUGCCAUUACCGAAUCUACUACUCCAAAGGUAACAACUCAGGGUCCAACCAAUCCACCUACAACAACGGAUAAUGCCAUUACCGAAUCUACUACUCCAAAGGUAACAACUCAGGGUCCAACCAAUCCACCUACAACAACGGAUAAUGCCAUUACCGAAUCUACUACUCCAAAAGUAACAACUCAGGGUUCAACCAGCAAACCUACAACUUCGGGCGUCAUAAUUGCGCCAUGUUAUCCGCCAACAUAUCCCGAUUUAUUCCACUGUACUUUUUCAGGAUCAUUUCCUAAUUUGGGAGACGUAGACUGCAAAACAUUCAUAUCGUGUACGAGACAACCCAAUGGAGGUUUCGUACAGAAAAUAGGACAUUGCCCCGCUGGUUCAACCUUCGAUCCCUAUUUGACCGCAUGUUCAACGACAUAUACCUGCCCAAAAUGCCCUACAUCUACAACUACUGUCCUUCCUUCUACAACACUGUCGUACCCUGAUAGAUUUGAAUGUGAUCAUAAUGGCAACUUUGACAAUUUAGCUGAUCCAGCGUGCAAGACCUAUUUUUUCUGUACUAAGCUAGCCAGUGGAGGAUAUUUUAAGGAAGUUCGAACUUGCGCCGGGUCCACUGUUUAUAAACCUACUAGACGAAUGUGCAGCGCCGCCUAUACGUGUCCUAGAAGGUCCAACCAAUCCACUACCACAACGGAUAAUGCCAUUACCGGAUCUACUUCUCCAAAAGUAACAACUCAGGGUCCAACCAAUCCACCUACCACAACGGAUAAUGCCAUUACCGGAUCUACUACUCCAAAGGUAACAACUCAUGGUCCAACCAAUCCACCUACCACAACGGAUAAUGCCAUUACCGGAUCUAUUACUCCAAAGGUAACAACUCAGGGUCCAACCAAUCCACCUACCACAACGGAUAAUGCCAUUACCGAAUCUACUACUCCAAAGGUAACAACUCAGGGUCCAACCAAUCCACCUACAACAACGGAUAAUGCCAUUACCGAAUCUACUACUCCAAAAGUAACAACUCAGGGUCCAACCAAACCACCUACCACAACGGAUAAUGCCAUUACCGAAUCUACUACUCCAAAGGUAACAACUCAGGGUCCAACCAAACCACCUACCACAACGGAUAAUGCCAUUACCGACUCUACUACUCCAAAGGUAACAACUCAGGGUCCAACCAAUCCACCUACAACAACGGAUAAUGCCAUUACCGAAUCUACUACUCCAAAAGUAACAACUCAGGGUUCAACCAGCAAACCUACAACUUCGGGCGUCAUAAUUGCGCCAUGUUAUCCGCCAACAUAUCCCGAUUUAUUCCACUGUACUUUUUCAGGAUCAUUUCCUAAUUUGGGAGACGUAGACUGCAAAACAUUCAUAUCGUGUACGAGACAACCCAAUGGAGGUUUCGUACAGAAAAUAGGACAUUGCCCCGCUGGUUCAACCUUCGAUCCCUAUUUGACCGCAUGUUCAACGACAUAUACCUGCCCAAAAUGCCCUACAUCUACAACUACUGUCCUUCCUUCUACAACACUGUCGUACCCUGAUAGAUUUGAAUGUGAUCAUAAUGGCAACUUUGACAAUUUAGCUGAUCCAGCGUGCAAGACCUAUUUUUUCUGUACUAAGCUAGCCAGUGGAGGAUAUUUUAAGGAAGUUCGAACUUGCGCCGGGUCCACUGUUUAUAAACCUACUAGACGAAUGUGCAGCGCCGCCUAUACGUGUCCUAGAAGUUAG